AUGGCACCAGAGAGUUUGGUAAAGGUGUGUGGUUGCGAAACGACACAUUAUCUCACACAGCAGCUGAAGAAUUCUGGCAGCCCGGGACUUGGUUUCGUUGUUUACCCAGAAGCCUUGGCCCAACUUCCGUUCCCUCAGCUGUGGAGUUUCAUGUUCUUCAUUUUGCUUUUUAUCUUGACCUUGGAUUCACUGUUUGCAAUGGUGGAAACUGUGAUAUCAGCCAUCAUGGAUGAGUACCCUUUUCUGAUGAAGUGGAGGAUGUCAGUAAAUGCCGUGUUUUGUGCUGUAUCCUUCCUACUUGGUCUUAUAUUCGUCACUGAGGGUGGAAUGUAUGUUUUCCAAUUGGUUGACUGGUACUUUGGAACUAUCUUCCUGAUCUUAGCCGGACUUUUAGAGUGCAUAAUCCUGGCAUGGGUAUACGGAGUAAAUCGAGUCAGUGCCGACAUUGAACUGAUGUUAGGUAGACCGGCUCCAUUGUUCUUCCGAAUCACCUGGUCUUACAUUACACCCGCAAUGCUUUUGACAAUAUUCAUCUUCACUCUGGUCCAGUACCAGCCUCCAACAUACGGCAGAUACGUUUAUCCCGACUUCUUUGCUUCUAUUGGAUGGUGCCUCGCAGCCAUUCCGUGCAUUCCAUUGGCCGUGAUGAUGUUUGUUGCCAUCUACAGAGAGGACGGGAGUAUACUGCAGAGAUUCAAGAAGUCCUUGAAACCGAACAGUUCCUGGGGACCUGCCAAAGUGGUAAUUCGGGCAUCAUAUAUCAACAGACACGGAAUGCAUUAACUUUCCUAGGGUUCCUGAUUACCCAUUUCAAACGUACUCUUUUACAUAUAAUAUUUCACCUUGUGAUAAAUAUUCUAUGGAUAUUUUUCACCUUUCAGAUUGUUUUGUGUCAAGCUCAUUUUGUGAUGGGUAUUGAACAAUAUGAAAAUAUGUCAAAUGCCUAUUAAUUUUGAGAUCCAUUUGAAUCACACUUGUAUAAACUGAAAUAACACUCAAAUCUGAUUUGAUACCAACAUGUAUUAUAUGUAGAAACUGCAGUUUUGGCAUCUAGUCAUGCAUAUAUUAAAGAGACACAAAGUAUAAUUUAAACAUUAAUCACCUUUUGUCUUUCAUUAAUAAGUAUGCAUCUGAAUUUUGUUCACCAAUCCACUCCAUGUAAA